CGCGGCGGCGCCGGGACCGCGGCGCAGCCCCGGGGACAGGGCUCGGCCCGGCCGCGCCGCCGCCCCCGGGACGGCCGCGCCGGCGGCAAGAUGGGCGGCCUGGGCCUGGCCCUGGGGCUUUUCCACUACCUGGGGCUCUACCUGCAGCUCGGCGCCGCCUCCCGGCACCCCCCGUGGGACGCCCCGGCGGCGGGCAGCGCCCUCUUCACCGAGGCCCCCCACGACAUGACGGCGCAGGCGGGCGAGGACGUGGAGAUGGCCUGCUCCUUCCGCGGCACCGGCUCCCCCUCCUACUCCCUUGAGAUCCAGUGGUGGUACGUCCGCAACCACAGGGACUGGACGGACAAACAGACCUGGGCUUCCGACCAGCAGCUGAAAGUGGCAGCACAGGAGGAGCCUGGCAAGGACGCCACCAAAAUCAGCGUGGUGAAGGUGGUUGGCAGCAACAUCUCCCACAAGCUGCGGCUGUCGCGGGUGAAGCCGGAGGACGAGGGGACCUACGAGUGCCGAGUGAUCGACUCCAGCGACGGCAAGGCGAGGCACCACAAGGUCAAAGCCUACCUGCGGGUGGAGGCGGCGGGGGGCGCGGGGCACCCCCAGGACACCCAGCUGCGGGGAGCUCCGCUGCCGGACCCCGCCGCGCCGGGCUCAGCCCACGCUCACCACCAUCACCACCACCACAAAGCCGGGAAGGAGCUGAAGAAGCGCUCGGCAGACGUCUCCUGCGCGCUGUAGGCAGGCGGUGCCGGGGGGACGCCGGAGCCCCCCGCCGCCCCCGGACUCAGUGGACCCGUCGAGGGUCCCGCACCCCCUGCCAGAGACUGGUCCCACCGCCCCAUCUUGCCCACCACCCCCCCCCCGCCCUCCUCCCGCCAGCCGCUGCUGCCUCAGUUUCUCCCCCAGCCCUGCGAUGCAGCGGUGCCAGGGCUCUGUGUGGGAGCAGAACAGUGUCCGUGCCAGGGGGGCAUCGCUGGAACCGUGCUCCGGGGCUGGGGCGUACACCCACACACGGUGGUCCCAUCCCUGUGGCCCCGCGUGGGCAGGUACCCUGCUGCUCUCAGCCACGCGUGGUGCCACGGGCCGUGGCGCUCCGCAGCUUUGCGUGCCCGGUGGGGACCUCCCCCCUGCCCGUGAGACCCUCCCUGCCCUCCCGUGUGCUUUGCAGAACCACCCAACUGUCCCCGUAGGAGGCCCCACUUUAGUUGCUCCCUUCCAGCCUCGCAGUGCCCACCUGAGUUCCAGCAUCCAUCUCACAGCCCCCGUGUAUCGCCUGCCCCUGCCCCUGCCCAUGCCCAUGCCCUCGCCCAUGCCCCUGCCAGCGCCGCCCCAGCACGUCAAGACCUGAGCUCAGUGGAGGAAGGAUGGCAGGCAACGCUCCUGGCACGCUCCUGGCACACUCCUGGCACACUCCCAGCAUUCUUCCCAUCUCAGCCAUGGUGCUGCGGGCCGUGCCGCGGCAUUGCCCAGCCAGGCAGUUGCCCGCGGUCCGUGUGUGCCCGGGGAGCUGUGCCAUCAGAGCUGGCUCCCUGUCACCGUCUCUCCUCCCAGCCCUUUGCAUCUCACGGAGGAAAGAGGCUCUGCCGCCUCCCCCGGCCUGCUCUGUCGCUGCUGCCCACGCCGGUGUGGCUCUGGGUCUCCUGCUCCUGUCCGAGCUCCGAAUCCUCCCGUGCCAUGGCACUGUGCCAUCCUGGGCAGGGUCCGGCUCAUGGGCUCCCAUAUCACACCGCAGAUGGCAGAGCCCAUCCCAGUGCCCCCGCGGGCAGCACCGCUGCUGGGGACAGAGCCGUGGCAGGGACGGAGGAGUCCUGAGCCUCCCCGUCCGGGUGCCAGGUGCUGCUCCCCUGCCGUCACUCGCCCGUGCCGCCCAGCCUGUGCCACCAGACCUGCUGCAGCUAAUAAAGCUCUUCAAACGAC